AUGAUGCCAUCCGCGCACGUCUACGGCCACCACCAGUUCAAUCCCCAGGCGGAUUCGGCCUGGAUGCACCAGCAGGCCGGCCAUCACCAACAACAGCACGCACACCAGGCAGCUGCUGCGGCAGCCCAGCAGCAGCAGCAGGCCCAGCAGCAGCAGGCUCAACAGGCCCAGCAACAGGCUCAGCAGCAGCAGCAUCAACAGCAGCAAGCUCAGCAACAGCAAGCCCAACAGGCUCAGCAGCAAGCUCAGCAGCAAGCUCAGCAGCAGCCUCACUAUGGGCGCAUGCCCGGCGGUCACGCCAACGUCAACAACAGCCUUGCCGCUGCUCACGGGCAAGAUGGUGGACAUGACAACAUCUCGGAGGACAAUAGGCGGACAAUGGCAUACAUUGCGGACCUUUUGAGCGAAAAUACCAGAGAGGCAGCAUUGCUGGAGCUCAGCAAGAAGAGGGAACAGGUGCCUGAAUUGGCUCUGAUACUGUGGCAUUCGUUUGGUGUCAUGACAUCCCUCUUGCAAGAAAUCAUCUCCGUCUACACGCUUCUCAACCCAUCGCAACUCACGGCAGCUGCAUCGAAUAGAGUAUGCAAUGCGCUGGCUCUUCUCCAGUGUGUGGCAUCCCACAACGAUACGCGGACCCUGUUCCUCAACGCGCACAUACCUCUCUUCCUCUACCCUUUCCUCAACACGACGUCCAAAUCACGACCGUUUGAGUACCUCCGCCUAACAAGCCUAGGCGUCAUCGGGGCCCUAGUCAAGAACGACUCUUCCGAGGUCAUCAAUUUCCUCCUCACGACGGAAAUCAUCCCACUCUGCCUCCGUAUCAUGGAGACCGGAUCUGAGCUGAGCAAGACUGUUGCCAUCUUCAUUGUUCAGAAGAUACUGCUAGACGACAAUGGUCUGAACUACAUCUGUGCCACAUACGAGCGCUUCUACGCUGUCGGCACAGUCCUGAGUAAUAUGGUUGCUCAGCUCGUCGAAUCCCAGACCGCUCGCCUGCUUAAGCACGUGGUGAGAUGCUUCCUUCGAUUGAGUGAUAAUGCUAGAGCGCGUGAGGCCCUUCGACAAUGCCUUCCCGAACCCCUACGAGAUGCCACCUUUUCGUCUGUUCUCCGUGACGACGCAGCCACUAAGAGAUGCCUUGCUCAACUCCUGAUUAACCUCUCCGACAAUGUGGUAGAUCCUAAUUCUGCCGGCGUUUCU